AUGAUUUCUCCUCAAGGUGUCGCUGUGGCGACCCUUCUGAUUCUUGGAGUGGUUCAUGGUAAUCUUAUUGAUGAUAUGAAAGCCAAGUUUUCUAAACAAUCAAGUGGAUUCGGAUCUUUCGGAUCCUUUGGAUCUUUCGGAAAGAUUGGAGCCAAAUCCUCAGGCGCUGACCCAUUUGAUUUUCCAAAGUUAGAUGCUAGUAAAGCUUCAAUGGUACAUCGCUCAAACUCACACAUAGGAACUCGUAAGAGUUCUGGAUCUUCAUCAAACACUCAUUCUAUGACUGUUGUUGGUGCUGAUGGAAAGAAUAUCUCAUCCAGUGACUCGACCAAAGAAGGAUACGACAAGGAGAAGAAGGUUGAUGAAGCAAGCGUGAACGAUUUAGUCAGAAGUGCAGAUGGAUCUGUUAUCGAAAAAGGAUCGAGCCACAACAAAUCAUCAGACGAUGACAACUCUUACAAGAUGGCAAACUCCAACUUCUUAUCUUCCGAUAAAUCUGGAAAGGUCGAAAGUAAAAAGACCAACAACAUCAACAAUCAAACACGAUCUGCUGCUCUCGACGAAGCAAAGGAAUUCUAUCAUCAAAAUAAUGCCGAUGGAACCUUCGAACGUAACGAUACAGGACACAAGAACACCGAUGAACAUCUCAGUCACAACGUUCUUGACGAGAAUGAACAGAUGCAGCUCAACGCUGACGGGACAUCUCAUAACAUCACGAAUAGAAAAGGAUCAGUUGGAGACUCUCACAAGUCAGAUCAACACGCCUUCUCUGAUGCUGAAAGUAAGGAUGCUGCUGGAAAUGUUAAGACCUCGAACUACAGUAAGAAGGCAUCAUCGGAGAAAGGAAGUAACGCUGACUUCGAAUCGAACUUGGAAUCAGCAAAGAACGCUGAUGGAACAACAUUCUCCAAUUCGACUGGAAACUUCAAUAAUACUAGUUAUGACAAGGGAAUGUCAGAGGAACUCAUCGCAAAGAAACUUGUCAAUGCUGAUGGAACAUCAUCUUAUGAAGCAAGUCAUGCCGGAGGAAACAGCAGUAAAAUCAACUCAUCUUCUGGACAACAUGCGGCACUUGAUAUUGUUGGACUCAAUGGAACAUUCACUCACACUGCAAACAACAAGACAGAUGACUAUGCAUUGGAUGAGGCUAACCAAAGUGCUGGAAGUGUCAGUGAACAAAUUGGAAAGAACGGACAGAGAUCUCUUAAUGAAUCAAGUAUUGAGAGUGGAAGAAAGGCAGAAAGCAGAAAUAAUACCGCUGUUGAACUCAUGGAUACAAAAGACGCUGAUGGAAGCAGGUCAUCAUCGCGUUCAAACUCUUCCAGUGGUCUUUCCACAGACGAGAAUCACAACCUUACUCAUGCUCUUCAAGCAUCUGUUGAUGAACUCGGAAAUGUUAAAAAUCAUUCGGUUGAAGGAUUCUACCGUAACAAGAAGACUGGAGAAUAUGGAAACUCUGAGCAGGCGAUUGAUAAACUUAAUGCUGAUGGAACUGAAACACAUGCGAAUAUCAAGAAUGACACCAACAGAAACACAUAUGAAGCAGAGAAGAUGGCCAUGGAGAACACUCAUGAGAAGAACAUUGAUGGAACAUUCAUCGACGAAUCCAAGGGAUCCAACUCUCGUGUCAACAGAACUGAUGGAGGAUCUCGCUUGUCAGUUGGAAAUUUCAACAAGGGACUUAAUGGAGUUAUGUCGAACGAAACAUUGAAUGCUGGAGUUUCCUACAACACAUCCGAUGCUGAAUCCAACCAAUUCAAUCAUCUCCACCAGAAGACGGCUAAUGGAACUGAAGUAAAUCACAAAAAAGACAGCAGACAAGUUGACGCUUCAGCCAAUAUGAACAAAUUCUCGAAAAAUUCGAAAGAAUCGAAGGAUGCGAAUGGAACCAGUACCAGCGAGCAACAUAAUGAAAAUGCGGAUUCUCAUGACUCCGUUAAAGGAAGCAGUGAUGUGGAUGUUAAGGAAGUUAUGCAUGCUGAUGGGUCCCAUUCGUUGGCUUCUGACAGCAGUAAUCAAACAGCUGCUGAACACAAUGAUUCGGAGGUCAAGAAUGAUCAUAGCCUCGUUCAGAAUGCCGAUGGAACAUUCUCCGAAGCUAGCAGUGAUUCUGCUAAUAAACACGCAAGCAAGGAUGCUUCUGACGCAAGAGUCAAUCAGUUCGAACAUCAACGUGCUGAUGGAAGUUCGCAACUCAUAGUCAAGAGUAGUCUGGUGGAUUCUCAUUCUAAUGAUACGGAUGCUGUCGCCAACUCGAAGAUUCACUCAAAGAGUGCGGAUGGGACUGAGAUCAAUGACGUCCAACACAAAAAUGCCUCUACUGCGGAACUAAAAGAACAACAACUUGCCUCGGACAAUCGAAGACUCUUAAUGGCUGAUGGAAGUGAGGUUCUCAACAAGGACGAGAGUCAUGUAGAUCACUCAAAGUCUAGAAAUGAUGCUGCAACAUCUCAUAUUAGAGAUCAAAAGAAUGCAGAUGGAUCAAGUGUUAAUUUGGAUGUUGGAUCCAACACUCACGCGGAUUUGGAGACACGUGGUGAAGGAGCAAACAAGCGAAGAUAUCAGAAUUUUGGAAAUGGAACUGAGAGUGAAAUGACUGCGGAUUACGAGAAGACGAUGGCAAAGGGAGGUGACAAGUCGGUCAGUCAUGAUAAUUCGUUGAGUAGCGAUGGAAAGGGACACUUCACGGAAUCGAAGAAUGCAAGUGAUUCUCAUCAUGUUAUUGACGAAAAGGAUGCCGUUAAGCAUAAUGACGUUAUUAUAAUGUAA